AUGGUCCAAACGCCCACAUCACAUUUGACCCUUUCUCAUCAUCAUCGGGAAGACAACAACAACUCCUCGACUCAGGUCGAUGACCCACAACGCUCACAAUCUACCACCACACCAAUGACAACAUCCUCUCAUUCCGUACUAACAAAUGGUGGGAACAUCAUCUCGAGGACUAGUGGUAUUCAACCAUCAACAACAACAAUUCCUUCCCAACCACAACAACAACCAUUCGCACAAAUGAACAACCACCACCACAACAACAACCACAACAGCCUUUCGCAAAUCUCAUCAUCAACCUUUUCAACUCUUCCAUCAUCGUUCCCAACGUUCAUGAAUCAACAACAACAACAACCUCUAUUGAUCAUACCAUCCAUCUAUUCAUCUCCUUCCAACUCCACCACUGCACCACCACUACCAACACCACCUUCCAAUCGUUUACACUUUUAUGAAGAAAAUUCAAAUAAGAAGAAACGAAAAUCAUCCACUCCUCACCAUGAUGAUGUCCAACAACAAGAAAAAAAGCUAAAAUCAUCCACAACAACAACAACAACAACAUUGAAUCAACAACAGCGCUGUUGGACUCUUGGUAUUCUUCCAACUCAAGUCCUCUUUGAAAUCAUGUCCUAUCUAACCAAGACUGAGUUAUUACGAAACGUUGGAAAAGUCUCAAAACAUUUCCAUAGAACCAGUCGAUGUAAUUUAUUGUGGAAAUUUGAAGACAUCUCAAAGAUUUUUCCAAAACUUGUUUCCAUGCAAGCUUUGGUAAUGUUUCAUUGUCAAGUCUUUGGAAUGUAUCAUUCAGUAUCACCUUUUGAGCAAGUAGUGCUUCACUCUAUUGAUGAAUGUGCUCUCCAUUCGUUUCUUUCUAUUUUCGUACAUUUGAAAAAGAUUAAAAUUAUGAAUCGAAUCAAUCCAAUGAAUCCUUCCAUCCUAAUGGAUCAACAACAAACAUGUAAAUUGAAAUCUGAGGCUGUACUCAAAAUGUCUCAAACAUUUAGAGCUCUCAUUGAUGUUGAUAUCAGUGCUAUGGAUUUGGUAGAGAUUGAACCAAUACUUGCUGCUCUGUCCAAUCGACUUGAACAUUUAAAUUUAGAUCAUGUGAAAGUGGUCACUUUUGAUCAUGUUCACUUUCUAUUGAGUCAUUGUAAAAAUUUGAAAACACUCAAAUGCCAUCACACACCUCGAUUCUCUGUUACGAGUGAUCAAUUGAAACAACUCUCUCUGGAUAAUAAGGCAAAGAAUUUGACAACAUUGGUGAUUCGAUUUCUCAAUGUUGAUUCCAUUGAUCACAUCUCUCUCUUUACAAAAUCAUUUCUCAAGUUGAAAUUUUUAUGGAUUUCAAACUGGAAUGAUAUGAAUGCAAUCAUGCUCUCUCAAGUCAUGAAUGAUUUACAAUUUCUUGAAACUCUUAGAAUUGAAUGCUCUGAAAAUACAAUGAUAUCUCAACCCAUUACUCUGAACAAUCCAAACCUCUCAAGUUUAUCCAUUUCUAAGGUUAAAAAACUCUCUAAUUUAUUAAUUGGUCCAAAUGCUUGCAAAAAGUUCUCUCUCAUUCGAUUUGAAUCGAUAUCCAAUUUAGAUUUACCAAUUAUUGAGAAUGAAUUCACAACGAUUGAAUCCUUUGUGGUAAGAUCAUCCUCUCUAAACAUUUUUCAGACGGAUCGAGUGAUGACUGCUUUGGAUCGUUGUGAAAAGUUAGACAUUUUAGAUUUACAAAGUACAACUACUCAAUUCACAUUGACUUCUAAAAUGUUGACCAAUGUUCAAAUGUUUAUGUGUGAUCAAUUGAGUUCAAUCAAAUUCAACAAGUGUUCUCAACUCUCCACAGUGAGUAUUGAUGCAUGUGAACAGUUAACAGAGUUAGAGAUGUGUGAAGUUCCAAAAUUAACCGAACUUGUUCUCUUCAAAAUACCAUCAGAGAGUCAUCCAAUACUUCACACUCUCAAAAUUGAUUCUGGAGAAUUGUUCACCAAUCUUCAAAUCUCUCGUUGUGUGAAUUUGAGAAAUCUCAAUCUGAAUUGUCCAAAUUUGAGUUGCAUCAAUCUCACGGAUUGUAAAAUUUUAGAAAAUAUUAAUUUGAAUGGAAUGAAAAAACUCACCAAAGUUGCCAUCUCACUCUCCGUCUAUCCACGUGAUCAAAUGACGAACUUGUUCAACUUUUUUAACAAUGUUGAAUAUUUGAGUAUUUCCAAUGCUAACCAUUUGAAUGAUCAUGUGUUGAGUGAAUACAUGAGUCGUGCUCACAAUUUACAAGCAUUGGUACUCUCACAUUGUCAUGGACUUGUAUCUCCUUGUAUGAUCAAUCAUAGCAUUAAGGGUAUGCAAUUGUUGAAUAUGAAUCGAUUAGAGAAUGUUCAAGUGAGUAGUGAUUCACUCUCCAAGUUCUUUUUGAGAAAUGCUCCCAAUGUGAGAGGUGAUUUACAAUUAGAAACACCUAAAUUGAGAUUGAUUCAAGUUCAGAAUUGUCCUCUCCUUCCAUCAGUCACUUUAUUGAGAGGUGGUGGUGGUGGUAUUCAGAGUGGUAUUCAGAGUGGUAUUGGUAGUAGUGAUGGUGGUAGUGAUGGUUGUAACAGUUGGAUGAGUCGUAGUAGCAGUGGAAGCAAUUCUUCUCAUCAUCACCACCAUGAAGUGAUUCAUCAAGCCCACUUUGAAGCAUGUCCAUCUCUGAAUCAUUUCAAGUUUAAAGCACUUUUAUCAGAAAUUGAUUUUCACAAGUACAAACUUGUGAUUGAAGACUAUUUGAUGAAAGAUUGUUCGAAUCAAUUUUCUGGAUUCUUCAUGACGAGUCUCAAUGAUCCUCAUACCAUGAUCCCUAUGCACAUGCAGAGAAGUAUGAAACCAUCUUCUUCACAACUCGUGUUUCAUGAACAACAACAACACACCAAAUCAUCCCAUAAUAGGAGUAGUAAUAGUAGUGGUUGUUAUUUACAAUUACCACCAUCAACAACAAGUAUGAUGCAUCAUCACAUGGUCGUCACUCAACAACAUCCAAUUAUUUUACAACCUCUUCCUUCCUCAACGAAUCUUCAAAGAUUUCCAUCUUCUACACCACCAACCAUGCUUCCCUCCUUCGUACCAACAACAAAUCCGCCAAAAGAACAAAUAAUUCUCUCUUUUAACCCUUCUUCCAAUCUUCCAUCCAUUGUGAUCUCAAGCUUUGAAUAA